UAGAUGUUUGCAAACCUCCAGCUACAUCCAUGUUAAUGUCCUGUCAUCAUGUCGCCUUCGGAUAUUUUGACGCUUGCCACGCUUGCUGCCUUGCUGUUGCCAGUCUACGGACACCGGGACCGGCAUGAAGGGACCACCCGACAGUGGAGUUUGAGUGAGACAGUCAGCUUCAGCUCGCCGGAGUUCCUAAAGCUUCUGCCAGAGAUGGAUGAGAAGAUGGUUCCCAUCGAUCAUGCCAAGGUGCCAGAUGAAGUGUGCCUUGAAAUGGUGGAAGCCCUUGCGAAUGCCCACUGGAAGAUGAAACGUCCGGGGAUCAUCCACACUGGCAUCAUCCUAGCAGAAGGAGCAGAGAUCGAUCCCGGUUGGGUGGACAGCGUUCGGAAGCUGCGCUUGUUGCCUCUGUCCUUCCUUGCGACACAAAGCCUGGAGAAUGUGAAGUUGUACUUUUGGGCCAACGUGGAAGGAACGCAUCCCUUGAUCCAAGAGAUAUUUGGUCCACUCAUGGGGCAGUACGGCAAGUACAUUGAAAUCAAGAAAUUUGAUGCCUCUGCAGAGAUCAAAAAGGUCUGUAGCCAUUAUGAGUCUGAAAAGAGCACGGGAGAAUUGACUGCAGAACUGGUGAAAAUCUACGAGUCGCAAAGCAUCGUGGCUUCCAAGUCUGACUUGAUGCGUGCUAUCCUUCUGUAUAACUAUGGAGGUGCAUGGAUGGACAGUGAUGUAUUGCUGGUGCAAAACCUGGCUCCAAUGCUGGAAGAGGACUGGGCAGUGUUGAUGUAUGCAGACUUUGUCAAUCCGGCAGCUUUGCUGCGCAAAGUGAGAGACUGUGAAGGGUACCAUGGAAUGGUCAUAAAGCCGCACAAAUUUAAUAAAUCGGGAUAUAACCUCUCUCACUCUGGUUAUAUAUCCACCUACACCUAGAACUGCAGCCUGAAGCAUGGUCAAAGUUAGUGGCGAGAUCGCUGCUAGCGCAGAGCCAAGGCGACCCUAUCGGUCUCACGGCCUGGUUCACCUUUUAUUACAGCCUGGAUGGGAAACAUUUUGGCGCUGGGUGUGAACAAAUCAUGGGCUGCUUAUGGGCCCUUCAUGAUCACUGACAUGACUGCAGAGAUUCAGCGCUCUGUUGCCAAUGCGACCUGUCACGUCUUGCCACCGUGUUUUUUCGAAGGGGCUCUGAGCAGAGCUGCUCAUCAACCUAACCAAGUGGCACCGCUCUGGGACAACUUCUUCAGCCGACUUAAUCGAUCCCUGCGGAGCCAGGUUGCCUACAUCGAUCCCAGCACGAAACACUCAACUUUUGGAUAUCAUUGGCACAAUCGCUGGAACCAGAAGAUCGUGGAUGGAUCUGUGGCAGCUGAGGCAGAGAAGAUGUAUUGUAAACGGUUGAACAUCUCUCUGAGUUGAGAAGGACAGCUCGUAGGUAUGACCGCUGUGGUUUCAGGUCAAAAAUAGUCAAAAGUGUGCAGGUUUGUUGGGGACAUCGACAUAUAUGUGCUUAAACAUUCACACAUGAAGGAGUUUUAAAAGAGGGUUAUGGGCAUUAUGGGCUGGAACCUUUGCAGAAUGAUUCCACUUGGGGAGGUGUAGGCGAUAGCCAGCUAUGGGCCCCUUUCAAUCUUGCAGAAGUGGAGAAUUCAGCUUGCUCCAGACAUUUUACGAGACUUUGAAAAGAAACUCGUUUGCGCAUAAAUAUUGUUCGUUUGGAGGUUUAUUCGAUGGCUUUGCUUGACAGGUCACAAGGUAUGUCCAAAUGUGAACAUAGGAAAAAAAACAAAAUCAAAGAUGGUUGUGCUGACUUUAAGAAUUCAACACCCAAAAUAUUUGCCUGGAUUUCCAUCAAAAUAUCAGA